GUGAUGGACAGGAGAUGGAGGAUUCUGGCCAAGAGGCAGCAGCACCUUUGCCAAAAGACAAAAGGGAAGUUGCAGAAAAGACGUAUGGAAAGCAAAGUUCAGAGGAAAACCCAUUAACGAGGGAACUGGAGUGUUGCUCUGGUUUACCUUGUCCAGAUACCGAUGUCUUAUUGGACACAAAUGAUUGCCAAGAAAAACAAGUGUGUUUAACGUGUGGGAAAACACUCCAAGAUGAAUCUGGAUUAGGUGACUGUUGCAAAAGCCCAGCUGGAGAGAAACAAGAUGAAAGCAGGCAACACCCAAGAAGGAGCCUUCCUCCUCCUUUACAUGAAAGAAUAAAAGAAGGAGGGAAACCGUACAAAUGUACAGAGUGUUCAGAAGGCUUCGGUACAAGCCGCUCUCUUGCAUUGCAUAAAAAGAUACACAAAGCAGAGGAUCCACGGAAAUGUCUGGAUUCUGGAAGGACCUUCAGUCAAAAAGGUCAUCCUAAUUCACAUAAGAGGGUCUAUGAAGAGAAGAAGCAGCAUCAAUGCAUUAAUAGGGGAACCAAUUUUGGAAGCAAUGCCUCCCUUAUUUCCUAUGAAAGCCUCCAUAGAGAGGAGAGGUUACAUCAACUCAGGGAGGGUAGAAUGAGGUUUACUUGGAGCAAGGAACCGAAUUCCCAGAAAAAAAUCCCCACUGGAAAAAAAUCAUAUAAAUGCCUAGAAUGUGGGAAGAGCUUCCGCUCUGCAAGUGGCCUCACUUGCCAUAAUAGGACACAUACAGGGGAAAAGCCGUAUCAUUGUACGGUGUGUAGAAAGAGCUUCAGUCAAAAAGAGCAUCUUAAGUUACACAAGAAGAUCCACACGGGAGAAAAACCAUUUCAGUGCCUGCACUGUGGAAAGCACUUCCGUCAAAAAGAUCAUCUUAAGUCACACGAGAGGAUCCACACGGGAGAAAAACCAUUUCAAUGCAUGGAGUGCGGAAAGAGCUUCCAUGCAAGAAAUGGCUAUAUC